AGGCAACACAAUCCAAUUACUUCUUCCCCAUCAUAGCAUACCAAGCCUCGGAAGAACUACAUACCGUGGCAAGCAGCAGCAGCACUUCCCAGGACGAGAUAGUAGACCUGGAAAGGCGAGUUCCAUGGCAGAUCAGUUCCAAGCAGGCAGCUGUAGCAGUGGGACCUGGUGGAGCAGCGGCUUCAGCGGCGGCCCGACCAUGUCCGCGUCGGCAUCCUGCUCGACGGAGCUCACUAACGUCGCAGGGAGCUUCAACUGGGCGACCGCCAGCGACAUGUUCGAGCCCAAGUCGAGAUCAUGUGAUGAGUCGCCGGUGUCGAUCUCGAACAGCUCCGUGACCUUCCAAGAUAUCCAGAACUCCCAUGUUUCUGCUCCGGUGAUCGCUGCACCGAUGUUGGACAGCGUUUCACAGGCCAUGGAUUUCGGCCCGUCGUCUCCUACCGUCGAGUGGAGCCAAUCUUUCUUUAGCAGCAGCGGAAGAGGUCAAAACAGCUUCCAUGCUUUACUCCAAGAAGACGUGAUCUCUAGGCCAUAUGCUCAGCGAGAUUGGGGGGUCGAAUCCAAUCAAACCCAUAUUCCCUUGAAGAACUUGAACCACUGUUCCUUACAAGAUCACCAUGUACUUCUGAGCUCCAGAAUUAAUAGCAUCCCGCUCCUCUCAGCUUCCCAUGGAUUACCUUCAACGCUGUUGCAAGGCCACCUCGAGCCCGAGAGCAGACUUCAAGGCUCAUUUAACGAUGCGCGUACAAUGAAGUAUGAGUCUUCAGUCGACUGCCGCGAAGCGUCGAACGACUCGUUGCAGACUUCAGUAGGUAGAUUGCCGCAGUUCAUGAACGCUUCACCGCCGAAGCAGCAGCUGCAAUUCUCCAACGACACUCCCUUUUGGAAUCCUUCAGCAAGCAACGUAAACGAAGCACACUCAAAUUUCCACCAUGCGAAGCCUCCUCAACCAUUCCACAACGAGAAUUCAAGUCACAGCAAGCCUGUUGUCAAGACUGCUUCAGGAGCUCGGGGCUCUUGCCCAACCUUGGAGAAGAGGAGUGACAGCGAGCCGGCGGCCAAGAAGCCAAGGACAGAGACCCCAUCGCCAUUGCCGACCUUCAAGGUGAGGAAGGAGAAGUUGGGAGACAGAAUCACUGCACUCCAGCAACUGGUUUCGCCUUUUGGAAAGACCGAUACCGCAUCAGUACUCCAUGAGACCAUCGAAUACAUCAAGUUCCUCCACGACCAAGUUCGCGUUUUAAGUGCUCCAUAUUUAAAGAAAGAUCAUCAAACGCAGCAAACAAAGGCUUCGGACAAACCAAAGGAUUGCGAAGGGCGAAACCUAAACCUUAGAAGUCGAGGGCUGUGCCUUAUUCCGAUCUCGAGCACAUUUGCUGUUGCUAACGAGAUCCCUACUGAUUGCUGGACACCUACCUUUAUAGGAACCUUUAGGUAGACAAAACAUUCCUUCAACGACGGGCAGGUAGGGAAGAACUUGCAGUAGAGAGAGAGAGAGAGAGAGAGUAAAGAGGAAGGAAAGAAAACUGGUGGUGACCCAACGAAGACGGUAUUUUGGAGAUGAUGUGAGGCAGGACUUGGGAGAACAGCUUUGGGAGGGAAUAAUUCCUAGUAGUAUUGAAGUGGAAGGUGGCUCAGCGAAUGGGAACAGGGAACAGGGAACAGGUGGUGGAAUAUGGCAGGGAAUGCAGGAAUUAGUUUAGAAGCGUGUGGUCACUGUUGUUAGAUACCCAAGUUUGGUGUGGUGUGUGUGUGUUGGAUAAGUUGGCACCACUUCUUUCUCUCUUUUCUAACAUAAAAAUUGCUGUCAUAAAAUCUAUCAGAAGCAGCAACUUUUUCCUGCC